UCAGACUUACGUGGUUCUGAAACGUGCCGGUGGGGUGGACACAAUAGUAACGCCUGGGGAUGCUGCGUCCCAACAUGCGACCGUUAGCUGUGAAUUAUUAUUACUGCUGCUGUUAUUAAUGACGCUGGGUAUAUUGCAAUGGUUUAUACUAGAAUGAAGGAGAAAGCCGUGGAUCUUUAACUCUGGACACUGGACCUGGGUUUCUGUUCACAGCAAUGCAACAAAAUACAGUUAUUAAUAAUAAUAUCAACAUAUAAACGCGGCUGUCUGAGACGGAUACUUUACAUUUGCAACGAAAAUAUUAAGAAAGAAAUAAGAAGAACUGUGUUUUAAAAAAUAGACAUAUAUAUUGAUGUGGGAGUGAAAUUGUGUCUCCACUCUGGGCGACGGAUGAACACGAACCAAACAAAACGGUCACGCCGUCGCUGCUUGGAAAAAAAAACGUGAUUUUAAUGUUUCAUUUGAACACUUAGUGCCAGAGAGUUGAGUAUUAUGAUGUCGCGGACUGGCUGUUGUGAAACGUUUCACAUCCAUCAUGACAUUUUCUGAUUGCUAAAUGGAAACACCUUAUUACAGAAUUACGACUGGAUUUUUUUAAAUACAAUAAACCCAGUUUGGGAGUCGAGCCGGCAGUGCGUCGGUGUAUCGGGACACGUUGCAUAUGAGUUGUUGCUGCCGCAGUGUAAGCAUGCCUGCGUCUGGGUCUGGCGCCUGUGCUGUGGAGUUCUGGGUCGAGGGCUCUCGCAGAGACACCGCGCUGGAAGAUUUUUAUACUAAGGGGCCAGAAUUAGGAAGGGGCGCCACUUCUGUGGUUUUCAGAUGUGAAGAAAAACAAACGCAGAAACCGUACGCAGCCAAAAUUCUGAAGAAAACCAUUGACAAGAAGAUAGUCAGGACAGAAAUCGGGGUUCUGCUGCGGCUCUCGCACCCCAAUAUCAUCAGACUGAAGGAAAUCUUUGAGACGGCGACUGAGAUAAGCCUGGUCCUGGAGCUGGUGACCGGGGGAGAGCUGUUUGACAGGAUCGUGCAGCGCGGGUACUACAGUGAGAGGGACGCAGCCCAUGUCAUCAAGCAGAUCCUGGAAGCUGUGGCGUAUUUGCACGAGAAUGGCGUGGUGCAUCGGGACCUGAAGCCAGAGAAUCUGCUCUAUGCCGACCUGUCUCCAGAUGCAUCUUUGAAAAUAGCGGACUUCGGGCUGUCAAAGAUCGUGAAUGAGCAGGGCGCCAUGAAGACUGUGUGUGGGACUCCUGGGUACUGUGCACCAGAAAUCUUGCGUGGGAAUGCUUACGGGCCAGAAGUGGACAUGUGGUCAGUCGGGGUGAUAACAUACAUUCUGCUUUGUGGGUUCGAACCAUUCUUUGACCCGCGGGGGGAUCAGUACAUGUACAGCCGCAUCCUUAGCUGUGAUUACGAGUUUAUAUCCCCCUGGUGGGAUGAAGUGUCCCUCAAUGCCAAGGAUCUGGUGUGUAAGCUCAUCGUUCUGGACCCCCAGAGGAGGCUGUCGGUCCAGCAGGCCCUGCAGCACCCCUGGGUCUCCGGCAAGGCAGCCCGCUUCUCCCACAUGGACACCACGCAGAGGAAGCUGCAGGAGUUCAACGCCCGGCGCAAGCUCAAGGCAGCCAUGAAGGCAGUGGUGGCUACCAGCCGCAUCGGCUUCCACAGCCAUCACGAGGGCUCCCGAGGGAACCGGCAGCCAGAGAGCACAGGCAGACAGACAGACGGACAACCCGCUAAGAAUUCCCCGGGGCACGCCAGCGCACACUGCAGUUCUGAGAGCAAGCUGCUCCCAAUCAAUACCCCCUCAACCCCAGCCCCCCAGCCGCCCCAGGGCAGCCCCAAAACCAGAGAGCCCAACGCACUGCUGGAGCCCCCCACCAGCAUCCCUCGGGCUACCGGCAACAACCCCGAACCUCCCUCCACCAGCCCAGACCACAGCAAGCACCCGCGGCCUUCCGCUGCCCCCAAAACUGCCAUCGUCCGGCCGCGGACCCCCAAAAAGUGCUGUUCUUUGGGAUCCCCAAACAAACUUCCGGCUGUUUCCCCAUCUCCUCCCAGUCCAAAAAACAUCAGCAAUGGAUUUGUGAUGGAGUCCCACAACAAGAAGGCCCACUGCCAAUAGCGGCCUGCCAAAGAUAUGCCCUGGAUGAUGGGGUGGUCCCAUUCCUAUGAUCCAGAACACUGGUCUGCAUUCACUAAGCGUUGUACCUUGUUAAACCCACACGGUCUGACCACUUUAGUAGACCCUGCACCGAAUAUCAAGUUGGAGCACCGUUUACAACCCUGAUUAAAAACUUUCUAUGAGUGGCAUAGAUUUCACAAGUGUGCUGGAAGGUGUCUCGAGUGAUCCAUUGAGCCCAGCCUCUGUGACUGUCUGGCCCCUCUCUCCGUCACUGUCUGCGGUUACAGCUCUCUCUCUUGGCGACCCUUUUUUCCAUUGGUUUUGCUGUUGCUGAUCCACUCUGAUGACUCGUGGAGCAGCCGAACCAAAAGGACUGUCUUUGCUAGUGUGGCAUCUGCUCCGUGUGCACCCACUAUCCUCUUUCAAAUGCUGUUAGAUGCUUUUCCCAUUUCUGGAAGACUGUUUGCAAUUGCGUUUCUCCCACAGCUUUGUAGUGCUGCAGGAAACACACGAGCAGAGCUUUGAGACAGUCCAUUUAAAUUAAUAAAAUGACCUUCUUCCCCCUCUGACUGCUUUGAAAUGGACUAGCUCAGGCUUCAUGGCUGGGUAAAGUUUUGUUAAGCAGCGUAAAUAGCAGAGUAUGUUCAUUAUCAAGUUACAGGAAAUGGAUUCUCCCUAGGAAUGUUAAAAAAGAUGACAAUUAGCCCAAGGCACUAAACUUUUAUUUAAAGAUUAUUAUUAUAUUUUCUUUUUUAAACAAGCUUUCCCUUAUGCCAGUGUCAUUUUGCACAGUAAUGUUGUAUUUGUCCCUUGAGUUUCCAAUGGUUAGACUAUGUGUGUACCAUAGUUUAUCAUGGUUUGAUUAUUUCAAGAACAUUUGGUAUGAAACAACUUUGGUGGACUCGAGAAUGUUUCUCACUAACUCUGUAUAUGACCAGAUUGCUUUUAUUUUCCCAAGAACGCUAUGUAUUGUUCUGUCACCUUUACCAUCUGCACAUUAGGAGGGUAAGAGAGUGCUGUUCACUGUGGCUGAUCUCCCAUUCAUUCUUGAAUGUGUGAGUUUACACUGGGAUGAAUACCAUUGUAUAGAGCAGCUCGCUAUGUGUGCUAAUGAUCAGAGUUACUUCACUAAUGUACUCUUCUAUUAAGAUUCUGCUUCAGUCGUCACAUCCCUGAGGGUUGUUUAAAACUCAGUAGAGCUCUCAAAAUCAUGUCUAACUUGCAAUUAAAUCAGGUACACUUGCAACAGCCUUUGAAAUUAGGAAAUACAUCAGUAAGGGCAUUGAAUAAGGGCAUCUGCUAAGAAAUAAACAAUAAUAAUAAUAAUAAUAAUAAUAAUAAAAAUAAUAAUAAUAAUAAUAAUAAUAAUAAUAAUAAUAAUAAUAAUAAUAAUAAUAAUAAUAAUAAUAAUAAUAAUAAGUAAGAAAUACAGCAUAAAAGAAAUGUGGUAUUUCAUAAAUCCACUGGGGCCAGAGAACAGGGGCCUGUGUCACAAUAAGCAUUUAGCAGGCUUCUAACUAGCUGGCAUCCUUCUAGCCGUUUCACAGAAUUCUAGGUAUCAGUAACUUUAGAAAGACCUGCUAAAUAUUUAGAAAGCAACUAAUAAACAUCUGUCGGCUUUCCAGAGAGUCUCACAAAGCGAUGUUAAAUGUUCUUUACCUCAAACGGGAGAGUCGAUGAAUCUGAAUAAAUAUCACGUUACACUGAGUGAUCACAAACCAGCAAAUCAUGGCUUUGCUACUAUUUUUACCCGACAGAGAUUUCGUACAAAAAUUUCGGGACACAACAAAUCCGCCAGAUUAAAUAUAAUGACCAUGUAUUGAAACAUUACAGACAGACUCGAAAUGUAAUGCUAGAAUUAUGUGUCUUGAAAAUCCACGGUGUACCAACAGAAAUCCAAGUGCCUUUUAUGCAUCUUGCGAAUUUCAAAGAAAUGUUGGUGACUGACAUGGUAUUAGUAAGAUUAGUAAGGCAACGGCUUCACAAACUGAUGCCCGUGUUUCCUGCAGCCUUGCCAGGAGACCAGUUCUUAGUCUGGUAACACAGAAGAGCUUCCAGACCUGCUAUAUCUUGAUUUAGCACCCUUCUAGCUUCUAAUUGUAGAAGCGCUUUGUGAAACAGGCCCCAGGUUACCAGAUGUAGACAUGGUUCUUUAAAAUAUUACACCGAUACAAAGAGAAUCUAAACAAGAAGGAUAUGCUAGUUAAACCCCCCCCCCCUGCUAUUCCGUGCCCAUGCAGAUAUGCUAGUUAACCCCCCCCCCCUGCUAUUCCGGGCCCAUGCAGAUAUGUUAGUUAAAACGCUCCUGCUAUUCCGGGCCCAUGCAGAUAUGCUAGUUAAAACGCUCCUGCUAUUCCGGGCCCAUGCAGAUAUGCUAGUUAAACCCCCCCUGCUAUUCCGGGCCCAUGCAGAUAUGCUAGUUAAAACGCUCCUGCUAUUCCGGGCCCAUGCAGAUAUGCUAGUUAAACCCCACCCCCUGCUAUUCCGGGCCCAUGCAGAUAUGCUAGUUAAACCCCCCCUGCUAUUCCGGGCCCAUGCAGAUAUGCUAGUUAAAACGCUCCUGCUAUUCCGGGCCCAUGCAUUGUUGCUCUUUAAGCUGUUUGUCACCUGAGCAUCCUUAUCUGUGAAACGCCGGGGCUUCAGAAACCGUCUGUAAAAAACUAACGUGUUUGACAGGCAGGCUAAUUCAGGUUUCACUGCUUAUGGAAAAAUGACACACGUUGAAAACACCAGAAGCAAGGAAACUCCGCAAGCGCUGUAUUCAUUAUUAUUUUCGAAUCUCCCAUUCUUUCACUAUGAUUUACCUGCACUUUACUGAGCUGUGCUUGUACUAUCAUAUGCCAUAGCUUGGUCCAUUAUGUCCUGCAUAUUCACCACUAUAUAUUUAAUAUACUGUACACAGCAUUGAUAGAUUAUUAGCUAGAUACGUUUGUCUGCUUGAUCCAAGCUUAAUCCUUGUGUCUUUAUCAGCGUGAGUAGGUACAAUUUACUCUACAAUAAAACAGGAUCCCCUUUGUCAGAGCAGACUGUGCUACUAAACCCUUGCAUGCAUCAAGGACUUUACAGGAUGUCCUUGUGUCAUCAAUUAUGCAAAUGAAGAUCAACUGUGACAUGGUUGUUUUACAGAGUGGUUUAUAGAUGUCAUGUCGACCUGUUUUAAAUGUUAUAUGUUUUGGAUAAUAAAGUGUAUUAGAAGAAA